CAUCCCUGGACGAGUCAUCAAUGAAUGGGAUGUGCGAUAGGAAUGACUUCUUAUACGACAUUCUCGACGACAACAACUUCAGCGUCGAAGAGCUUAACAAACAGAUUAUGGACAUUGAAAACGGCGUCCAAAGCGAUAGUAUGGACGACACCAACACCUGUCCGACCAGUGAUGAUAAUAAUGAAAUUUCUAUGGAUGUGCUUCAGAGGGCCGUGGAGUUUGAGUUGGCGGUCAUUCCCAUCGCCCGACCUGUCAGUGAAUACCACAACGACUUCAAUGCCACGGAAUCCUAUCUAUUGAAUGAAUUAUUCAAUUCAACCAAAAUUAUUGGCCAACCCUUGACUAAGAUCACGCUUGAGAUCACGAAUAUGGAGGAAUUCGAUCGCACCGUUAGCUUUAAGUUUGACAGAGGGAUCCGUAACUUCACGCGUGGUGUCAAAGGGUUGACGGCAUUCAAGAAUAUUCUUCCUGAGGACAAGAUCUCGUUACUCAAGUAUGGCUGCAUUGAGGCGCUACUGAUGCGCACAGUUAUGCACGUAGACUAUCAGGAAGAGUGUAUGAGACUGCCCUGGGAUAAGGAAAAUGGAUUGAUGGUUAAACUGGAGUUUUUGAAAUCAUUUAAACCCGAAGUUUACAACUCGUUUAUUAGAUAUUUAAGCAAAAUGUCACCCAUUUGGGACUCGGAUAUCGCUAUUAUAGAUUUGCGCUACUUAAUAUUAAAGUAUCGAUCGGAAUGUGAGGCUAAGUCACGGUUCUUGAGACUAAUGAAUACAUUGAAUGACGUGAAUAUUCUGCGAGAGAUGCAAAGGAAACAUACUUUACAUCUCUGCAACUCAUCCCUUGUGACCCCACUCUUGCAAGAGGUGUUUGAUGUCAAACCUACGGCACCGGUAGAGUUGGACAGCUCUUCAAUUGAUUUCAUGCCAUCUCCCAUCUCAUCGGACUUGUAG